AUGCAUGGCGACGUGAAGGCGUUAUACUCUCUCUACAGGUCUGCCCUACGGGAGAUCAGAAGGCUCCCAACUGAUUAUCUUCGGCAGUUCUUCCGGCUGAAGGUUGGUGACGAUGUCCGCGGCAUCUUCGAUGCCAAACUUGAAAGCGUCCAGUUCAGUAGGGUCAAGCGCGUACAAGCAGACUUACGGAGAUUGCGACGGGCGAACUAUGGACACAUCAAUGCAUUUCAGCAUGUCAUGCAGACUGCCUACGGUAGGAGAGGUCCUCUAAAGUGGGAGCUUUUGCAGCCUCUCCGCACUGAGCCCGGAGUCGAGCCUCCUGCCCCAAUUAUACGUUCCGACAAGUCAUCUCGACCGCCUGUCUGGUCCUCAGAGUUGAAGGCGCUCGUCUCCUCUGACAUUUCCCGUAAGAAGGCGAUCAAGCCUGAAUUUAUCAUCCUACCACCUUCCAUCCCUGCCGCGCGGCUGGACCCGGAGUCACCUGAGUCGCGUGCUCUUGGUCCGUUCAGUAGGCGUAGAGAGGUCAACGCUCGUUGGAAGUACUUCAAGCACCAGUUGGACAAGACAAUGUUUCCCUUACAGAUUGCCUUCAAGCAAGGUAUGACGAACGGCAGGAUAACUGUCCACACAGACGAGGCAACCCUGAUACAUGCGGGGGUUCGAGGCAUAGGACUUCAGGGUGCCGGAGUUUUCGAGGAGCUCGAAGGGCUUGCUUCUCCUCCGGCACUAGUCCGCCUCGAGGAGCCCUCCGUAGAAGGCGACGGAGAUGAUACGAGACAAGGCCCUCGUCCGACGAUUCAAUCGUACCUGCCCCGCAGGUUCUUGCGGCGUCGAUUUCAGGAAACACUAGCCCAGAUACCUGUCCUCACCUACACGCUGCCUUCACGGGUCGAGAAAACUCAAUCUCGAUCGGACAAGGAAGACGUCACGCCAGGCGUCCCCGGCAAGCCCGGUCGCUACCAGGUUACGCUCUCGCCUAAGGCGAGUACACACUUAGGGCCUAUCCAGUCCAUCGCGGAUGAGGCGGACGUCACAUGGAUACGGCGCGCGGAGCAGAUGAAGAAAGGCAAUGGAGCGAGCAAGCGAGGUUGA